UCCGAUUGCUGUAGACAAAGUAAUGGAGGAACCUACGCGAUGUGCUUGAUGUAUGAUGUAGAUUGUCAUGUACUUGAUGAAGAGCAGUCCGAUGCGUGGAAAGAUGGUGUAUUUAAGUAUAUUCGACAUAUGGCAUGCAAGGUUGCUUUACAACGAAUGUACCAUUGCAGAUGGAGUCGAGUAGGACGAUUGGCUUCUCAACACGCUGUUGUCCUCAUUACAGGGGUGAAUGAUAUGAAUGUUGGAAUAAGGAAUUCUAGGAAGAUAGUUUAUGAAGCACAUGGUCAACGCGUUGUGUUUAAGUUCGUCGUCUAG